AUGAUAUUUUUGUAUUCCAACUUUGAUAAUAAUAUAAUGAUACUGGCAACUGGACUUCUCCUGUUAUUGGGUGGAUUGCUGAAGUCCAACCAUGUCUCCUGUGAGCCCAUGGUGAAAAUGAAACUUUGCUCUGACCUCUUGGAUAUAGCAUUCGAUAAUUCUCUAAAAAUAAUUGCGUCAUCCGAACUGAGGAAAAUGAUAGGAGAUUUUUCACUGCAGCCACAAAACACCAAUAAUGGCCGAGAGAAGAAGAGAGGACGCAGCAAAGUAAAAAAUUUUCUGGAGAAGAUAAUGAAUAAAUGGCGUCAGAAACAACAAUCUGUAUGGAUCACAGCCAGCUCUGUUUCCUUCGAAGAUGUAAGCAGUCAAAUCGUAUCCAACAAGAGCAUCAUCGUAACAUUUAAAAUCAACAUAGAAUUUGAAGAAAAGACAUCUUCAUCAUUCAAUGGACAAUCAAAGAACCAGCCACCCAUUCUUAGCGUAAAUGUACAAAUGACAUCUACAUUCAACCUAGAAAAAGACAAGAAUGGCUUCAAGUUUACUAUGAAAAAAUGUGAAGUCUCUAUAAACGACAUUGAACUUAUUGGGUCAGAGGAAGAUGACUUUGAGACUGAUAAUCUAGAAAAGUUAUUGGAAAUGAAAGUGUGCAGCCUUUUACCCCUUUUGGCUGAUAACAUGAACCGGUUAUUUAUGAAUAUACUGAAUAUCGAUCCUACGGGUUUCAACAAACUAAUAGUUAAAUCAAUCAAACAAUCAAGCGCAAUAUGCCUGGAAUUAGAUUUAAAUCUUGUGGUGAACAAUGUUGAGAGGAUAUCGGAGGGGGAACAUGGUUAUAUGCUUGGCAAUGCAAUAAGUCUUCUGAAAGGUUACACUAAUUAUAUGCUGUCUGUGAAUGCCCAUGCCGAGAUGCUGAACAAGAUUUUGGCUUCAAAGGACUUUACACUCACACCUGAAGAACUUCAGUUAGUAAUUCAUGAUAUUUUGCAGCUGUUGAUAUAUGACAGAUAUUAUUCUGACUAUUACCCGGCAUUUAAUGAAAUGCUUAAAUUACCUGUAUUACCUGUAGGUGGUUCUGCUGAAUUUACUGAGAAGAUAAUCAUGUGA